CAAGCCUCAGCUGCACUCAACGCCAUGCAUCAAAGGAGUCAUGUCGCCUCAUGAGCAGGCUAGCUUCGCCUCAAGGCUUUGCGGCCUAUGUAGUCAGCGAGGUGUUCUCCUGCUCCUGAUUUUGAGCUCAUUCUUCAUCAUUAGACAUCUUGAGCGCUUCCACUCCGGAUGGUCCAACAGUCCCGCUAGGUCAAUCGCGUUAGUGAUGCGUUAGGUGACAUUUGCAUCAAUCAUCCUGGAUCCACGUUGUUUGGCUAGGCGACGCAAACAAUACAUACACCCGACCCCUUGCACAGCCGCGCAACCACAUCCAAACCUUGACCAUCAGAGAAAGCAGAGGUUUG